AUGGACAAACUAUUCGGCAUCGCCCAGAACACGGAUUUUCGUCGUCGUGAUAUGGCGGCAGGUGGGCAGGGUGCUCCUCUAGUUCCAGCGUUUCAUCAAGCUUUAUUCCAACAUUCAACCAUUCAUCGAGUGAUUCUCAAUUUAGGGGGGAUUGCCAAUGUCAGCAUGCUGCCUGCUGGUGAUGAGCAGAAUGUUUAUGGUUUUGAUACAGGUCCUGCCAAUAUUCUUAUGGAUGCGUGGUGUCAUCGUUAUACUGGGCAACCUUAUGACGAAAAUGGCAAUUGGGCAGCUUAUGGUCAACCGAUACGUUCAUUGUUAGAUCGCCUUCAAGCAAAUGAAUACUUCUCUAAAGAACCUCCAAAAAGUACAGGGCGUGAAGACUUUAACUUGGAAUGGUUAGAUGAGCAGAUUUUAGAUUGGCGCAAUGAUUUAGAAUAUGAUGAAUUAGAAGAUACCCCUGAAAAUAUUCAGGCAACGUUGAUGAAACUCACGACACGUGCCAUCAAGAAAGCCAUUUAUCGUUCGCCUCUAGAUACGGGUGAGGUCUAUGUUUGCGGUGGAGGUGCUUAUAACUCACAUCUACUUGAACAACUCCGUUGGCGUCUACGUAAGCACAAUUGGUCUGUACAAUCGACUUCUGCACUAGGCUUAGCACCGACAUGGGUAGAGGCAACCGCAUUUGCGUGGCUCGCCAUGCGUUUUGACCAACAGUUAAGUGGCAACCUACCUGCUGUUACGGGGGCAAAAGGCUAUCGUAUCUUAGGCACGAUUACAGCAGUUUAA